AUGGCCGCCUUACUGAUGCCACGCAGGAACAAAGGGAUGAGGACUCGCCUGGGAUGCCUGUCUCACAAGUCAGACUCGUGUAGCGAUUUCACAGCAAUUCUUCCCGACAAGCCCAACCGUGCUCUGAAGAGACUUUCCACAGAAGAAGCCACCAGGUGGGCCGAUUCCUUUGACGUGCUUCUCUCCCAUAAGUAUGGGGUGGCUGCGUUUCUCGCCUUCUUGAAGACGGAGUUCAGCGAGGAGAACCUGGAAUUCUGGUUGGCCUGUGAGGAGUUCAAGAAGACCAGGUCAACUGCAAAACUGGUCUCCAAGGCGCAUAGGAUUUUUGAGGAGUUUGUGGAUGUGCAGGCUCCGAGGGAGGUAAACAUAGACUUCCAGACUCGAGAGGCCACAAGGAAGAACAUGCAAGAGCCAUCCCUGACUUGCUUUGACCAAGCCCAGGGAAAAGUACACAGCCUCAUGGAAAAAGACUCUUACCCCAGGUUCCUGAGGUCCAAAAUGUACUUAGAUUUGCUGUCCCAAAGCCAGAGGCGGCUCAGCUAG